CACACACACACACACACACACACACACGCCCCUUACAGUAUCAUAAUUACAGGGAUUAACAGCUCCAAUCAAAGUGAUACCAUAAAACUGUACAGUGCAUGCAGCGAUCCAAAGUCCAAAAUAUCACAUUGUGGUGACAAAUAUUGUGCCUAACAGUGUUCUGAGCUGUAGUUAGGCACUAUGGUGAGGUUCCGGAUGUCUUCCCUCUUAGAGAAAAACAGUGACCAUAUAGUGGUACAUGCUGGGAGCAUUGGCCUGGCUGUCAUUACCCAGAUGAUCUCAGAAAUCUUCUUCAUUCUGGCAAAGGACAGCUGCGUGCCCAAUGCUCUGUUUCAGACUUCAUCCAGGGAUGUGUCUGAGACCUUCCCCCUGGAGGUGACUAUGGACUGGUGGUCAGGAAGUUACUGCAUUAUGAUAGACUUUUGGUCUAAGGCUUGGCUCCUACAUGCAGUGGUCAACCUUUUCAAAAGAAAUGUCCUUGGUCCUGUGUCUUGCAAUCCGGAAAUCCACCCUCCAGUAUUUUAUCUGAUGUGGACCAUGAUUAACAUUGCAAGAAUGUGCAGCAUGUCUCUGUGGGACAGACAUGAUAUACUUGCAGCCGUCGCACUGAGUUGGAUUCUACCAGUCCUCAGCUUCUACAUGCUCUACAUGUCCUACUCCAAUCUCAACAAGCACAAAGCAUGGUUAGCCAUUAACAACUCUAGUGUGAUCUCGUGGACACGUUACCUGACCCAGAAUGGCUUGGCAGUGUUUGCCUGGUGGGCUCUUUUGAAUGCUGUGGUGGGUCUAGGCAUUGUCUUCAAGUACAAAGUUGGUGUGCCGGACCCACUAAUCAGCACCAUUGUCCUCACCAUAGUCUUCUUGUGCACUGUAACCUGGUUCAUCCUACAGAGAUUCCUGUUAAACAAGUACUUGCGCUACACAUUCAGCGUUUACCCCAUUCUAAUUCUGGGCCUGGGUGCAAUGUUUACCCGAAGCUAUUGUGUCAAUGACCUGGCUGCAAACACAGUCUAUUGUGGGUUCCUUAUGCUCCUGAUGACCACCAUGAGCUUGGUCCAUUUAAUCUCUGAAUGUUUGCACACGGAUGAGUCAAGCAAGCCUCUUGCCACGGAGCCUUAUCUGUCUUUUGAGGGCUGUGAGACGGUGUGCCGACCUGAGGGCACCAUCAAACACAAACCUCAGAAGUGAUGACAUGAAGAAAGCCUUCUGCAAAAUCUAACAAUAAAAUUAUAAAACAAUUAAAUAUAACAACUUGUGUAUUAUGCAACAGUGAACAUUUGCAAGGGUGCACUUUAUAUUAAUCACCAAAAGGGGGCAGCAUAUGCUCACUUCACACUGAGAAUGUGCCAUGACAAACAAAAGCUCUGUUGUACCAGAAGAUGGCACAGUAAUUCAAGCUUUUACAGGGAAUUUAUCUCUGUGUUGAGCAUGUGAUUCAAAAUUGAAUACAAAAAGUCUAUAGCAGCCCAAAAAAAAUAAAACGAUUAUCCAUUGUGGCUCUUACAAUUUUUGUGCUUAUGGGGUCAAAUUUUAUCCGUCUUUAUUAUCCUAAUGCACACAUAACUCUCAAUAUAAGAGGAACCAAGGCGAGGUUAAAGGGAAAAAAACACAAUAGCUUGUUUUUUAUGAAUUUUCCAGAUUGGUGAACAAACAAAGUUCAUUAAAAACCUCUGUACCCUCUCUUA